GUGGGCGCGGGGGUCCGGGCUGCGCCGCAUGGAGGCCGGGAUGUUUCUGGAGGUCCGGCGGCGGCUGCAGGGCGGGCUGCUGAUCGUGCGUGAGCCCAAUGCAGGAAGCUUGCCUUUGGAUAUUUCAGUGACUCCAUCAUCCUUAAAGAUAAAAAGCUGUCAAGCCUGCACAACAAUCAACCUGCCUGCAGAGGUCAGGAUUGUUCCUUCCUAUUGCCGAGGUAUACAAUAUGUAGCUGGGGAUGGCUUACAUGUAAGACUGCAGGUCAAAGCAGAUUCAAAUGCAAAAUUGGUUUCAACUUUGUGUGAAAUCCUGAAAGCCAAUGAGAGUUGCAUCUUUUACUGUCAGACGUGUGGGGAGAUGAUAAUAAAAGACCGGACGUUUCUCCGAGUUCUUCCUUUGCCUAGUGAAAACUGGAGUGCUUUGGUUGAAGAGUGGUGUUGCCAUGCUAACCCCUUUGCCAGCAUUCUUCACCCUCAGAGUAAUGACUGUUUUCUUGGAGACACGUAUUUUCUGGUGAAUUCAGGAUAUGAGGCACAUGUGUCAGGAGCUGAAAAAGUCAAUUGGGAGACUGAACACUCUGCUUCUCAAAGUGGCUCUGCUUUGAAAUCAAAGGAAAAUAGAGUAAUCUGUAAGCGCUGCAAGACAAUGCUGGGAGAGGCAGUAUCAUCAGGGAUUAUAAAAUAUUAUAUCACAGAGAUGAUUAUUCAGCCAUCAGAGAAAAGAUUUGUCAUGAUACCACGGUCUCAGUUUGUACAGAGCAUUAUAGCUCAGUGUCUUGUGGAGCUGUCCUCUUCUAGAAGCACAUUUAGGUUCAGCAUACAAGGACAUGAUGGAAAGGUCUACACCUUGAUGUGGCUUUUAAAUGUUGACACGUUACUGGUGGAGUCUCUUGGAAAUUCAGCUCCCAGCAAUGUUUUUACAUUGUUUGAAGAUAGUUUGAGGUCUAAUGCCAAAUCAUCAGGUACUUGGAAUGCUGUCAAAGUUCUUUACCUUCCCUGCAUUAAAAACAGAAAUAAGGAGUUAAGAUGUAUCCAGGAAAAAUGAAGUCAUUCUAAAUGAAAACAGAAAACAUUUCAAGGAACUGGCAAAUGUCAUGAUUCCUUCCUGAGCUGGAGGCAUAUACCUUACUGUAGCCAAGAAAAAUGAGGCCUUGAGUCAUGUUAAUCCAGAUUCUCAGAUUUAUGAUGACCAUAAAAAGUUUUAUUUUCCAUUGUAAAGAGCCUCUACCCAAUCCUCCUUGGCAAAGAUGUGGCUACUGCAGUUCCGUGUUUGUACCACCUGCAGCCAGAGCUAUUGGAAUUCUUUCUACUUGGGACUGAGCUACAAUAUUCAAAGUUGUAGCUUUAAAGUAUAACAGCCCCACACAGAAAAAAGCCUUUAAAUGAAAGACAGCAUGUUCUCAAACACUAUCCACACAACAUUUAUGAGAAUAAUUUAGCUCGCCUUUUAGCAGGAGGCACGUUGUUUCACUGCUGGGCAUUCUGCAAUUACAUUGUACCCUGGAACUAUGCCAGUAAUUUUGCAUGGUGUGGAUAUUAAUGAACAGCCGCAACAGGCGUUAGCCAAUGCCCAGCAGGAGCUGAGCUUCUGUGCUUCUGUUCUGUUGUAGAAUCUGAAUACCAUAGCUUCUGAAUUAAAACAGUGUAAGUUCUGCUCUUGUACAUGAACCUGGCAAAAAUGAUUCUG